AAGCCGCGGCUGGGUGGACGUUAGCGGAGGCGCCAACUUUGAAAAGCGCCGCUGAGCCUUGAAGACUGGCUUCUGGCAUGGUCGCUGCACAGCCCAGCGCGAUGGCCACCCCCUCGCCGGAGGCUCUGGACGCCUUCAAGUACAGUGACCUGCAGAACUUGGCUAAGAGACUGGGCCUGCGAGCGAACCUGAGGGCUGACAAGCUGUUAAAAUCUUUAAAAGCCCACCUUGAACAUAAAGCAAGUAAAGAAAAUGAGAGUGAGGAUGAAAAAUCCUCAUGUGAUAAGGCAGAGAUGCAAAUAAUCAGUCAGGAAGAGGCUAAAAGGGAUUCUGUUGGUUAUGUCACCAAAAAAAGAAGGCAGAGGACACUCCAUGAGAACACUGAGUCCCAGGAUAAUUCAGAGAUAAAAAUAAAUGAUCUCAAUGAAUCCCAAAGUCAAGAUACCCAGGAGCUGAGUACUGCUGCAAAGGUCCCAUCUCCAUCAGAUGAGAGCCAAGAAAAUGAGAAUGCAGUUUUCUCAGUAAAAAAUGGAAUAAGUGGUAUGCCAGGUAAUAAAAACUCAAAGAUGCCUUCAGAAAGAAAGAAUCCACUCUACAUAGAUAAGUUUUCCAAACAUGGAAAAAGCAAAAGAACUGCAAGCACUACACCAAAUUUUAAGAAACUUCAUGAGGCUCAUUUUAAGGAAAUGGAGUCCCUUGAUCAAUAUAUUGAGAGAAAGAAGAAACGUUUUGAAGAUUACAAUUCUUCUAAUGAAGUAAAGAAGCAACCAGUUGCUAAAGGUGUGGUAGCAACUCCAGUUUCUCUGAGAAGCCGCUCCAUUAUUGGUACUCCUGACAGUCGGCUGGGUUCACAAGGCCAGCAUCGAGCCACUGCUGGCCAGAGCACCUCAUGUAUGAAGGGACCAGUAAGAUGCUCUGUUCUCUCAGCAGCUAAAAUGAAUGUCAGGUUUUCAGCAGCUACUAAAGAUAAUGAACAUAAACGUUCACUGACCAAGACUCCGUCCAGAAUGUCUCCACAUGUGACCACAUCUUGGAGUACCCCAAAAAGCCAGACUAUGCUCAGAACACCUAAGUUACAGAACACAAGAGGAGAGUCUACUACUGUUUAUGCCCCAUUCAAAUUCACUGCUGCGACAUUGCAGACACCAACUUCCCAUAGGAAGCCAGUGUUUGAUCUUCAAGCAAGUUUGUCUCAACCUCUCAGCUAUGAACCACAUAAAGGAAAGUUGAAACCAUGGGGAAUAUCUAAAGAAAAUAAUUCUCUCAAUGAGCAUGUAAACAGAGUUAACUUCCUUAAGAAGACUUAUAAACAACAUUGUCUUCAGUCCAGGGAAGAACAACGGAAGAAACAGGAGCAGGAACGGAAGGAGAAAAAAGCAAAGAUAUUGGGAACUAGAAGGGGACUCACCAUAGCUAAAAAUUAACAUCCUACAAAUUCUGAACUUCUUUGUGAAUAAUUUUUACUGUCUUCUCCAUUUUACUAAAAAAAAAAAAAAAAAAAAAAAAAAUCUCUUCUACUCUUACCUUUGUCAUAUGUGUUGUCACUGGACUCUUCAUAUGCUGUACCUCUGAAGACAUUCAUAACUUAAAAUUCAUUUAUUGUUCUUUGAAGUGAUUGUUAUAUAAAUCCAUGUAACUCUGUUUUCUAAUGAAAUCUAUCCUUAUAGAUUAAUGGCUUAGAUUAUUUUGUGUGUGUGCAGUUCUCUCUGCUGGCUGAACAGCAUUAUCAAUAAUUAGUUAUUAAUUAAUAAUGAUGCUGAACAUUAACAUAACUAAUUCUCUUUUAGGCAAAAGCAUUUACCUAAUGGUAAUUACUUAUGCCACAAGCUUUGGUAGAAAUUUAGCAAUGCUAGGAUAAGGUGUGAGAGAAAGGGUACCUUUUCAUUCUCUAAAGAAUUUAUACUCUUCAUGAAUCUAUACUGAUGGAUCAGUAGAUUGCCUAGGCCAAGUGUUCUGUUUAAACUUAUGAGUAAUUACCACCUAGGACACAUGAUAGUCCUUUUUUUUUUUUAAAUCCUUUAUUAAAGGAUUGAGAGGGGGAUAGAGAGGGAAAAAGACAGAAAGACACUUGCAGCCCUGCUUCACCACUUGUGAAGCUUUACCCGUACAGGCUUGAACUGGGACUUUGCACACUCUCAUGUCCAACUAGGUGCACCUCCACCUGGCCCUCAGAUUAUAUUCUUGUUAUGCAAUGGCUAGGAGAGGCCUCUCCCACCAUUAGGUUAUAACUAUGGAAUUCUGUAAAAAAUCUUAAAAAUUAUUGAAUUGUAUACUUAAAGCAGGUGAAAUUUAUGUUGGUUAAUAAUAUUUCAAUAAACGUCAUUAAAUUUUUUAAAUUAA